CUAUACCCCAAUUUCACGAGAUGUUGUGGUAGGUUGGUAAGUUGGUAAGAGGCAAAUCAUCAAUAUUUCCCGGGUACCACCUAGGGGCCCAGAAGAGGUAAUGCAUUGCACGGAGGCAAUUUGCGAUGGAUGGCAGCUUGGCGAUCUUAGGUAUAUAUGUUACAUACCUCCCACGGAACACCUCGUACCUUGCAGCAAGUGACAGAUAGGAUCGUCUCCUCAGGGAUUGUUUGUUGCUGUGCCAUCUCAUCUAUCCUAUCAUCUCAUCACGAUGCACUCAGGAAUCCGAUCGUCUCUCGUGUCGCUGCUCGCCUUGAGCGGCGGCCUGCUCUCAUCUUUCACAUCGGCCUCGCCGUUGAAGGUGACGGCCAAUGUCGAAGCACGUGCCGACAGCUGGCCGUAUGGCCCACUUGUCACCUCCGGCCGUGACAUGAAGAACUCCCGCGGCGACAAUGUCGUCUACGCCGGCGCCAACUGGCCUGGCCACGGAGAAGUCAUGAUCCCCGACGGCCUGCGGUACCAGUCCAUCGAGACCAUCGUGUCCAAGAUCAAGAGCACGGGCAUGAACGCCAUUCGUCUGACCUAUGCCAUCCAGCUAAUCGACGAUAUCUACGCCAAUGGGGGCAAGGACACGACCGUGAAGGACUCGUUCACCAAGGCGCUCGGCUCGACCAACGGGCCUAAAGUGUAUGCCGAGUUCCUGGCGAAGAACCCUUCUUUCAACGACUCUACAACCCGGCUACAGGUCUUCGACGCCGUUGCGGCGGAGUGCUUGAAGCAGAACAUCUUUGUGCACUUGGACAACCAUAUGUCGAAAGGAGCGUGGUGUUGUUCGAGCAAUGAUGGAAACACUUGGUUCGGUGACAGGGACUACAACGUGGACAACUGGGUCCGAGGCCUCACCUACAUGGCCAACCACGGCAAGAACUGGCCCGCACUGACCUCCAUGUCUCUGCGCAACGAGCUGCGCAAGACAGACAACAACCCGACGCUCAGCGCCACCUACAACUGGGAGACGUGGUACACCAACGUCAAGAAGGGCACCGAGGCCAUCAACAAGGCGAACCCGGACCUGCUGAUCUUCCUGUCCGGCCUGGACUACGACACCUACAUGACGCCCGUCGUGCAGGGGACCGCGCUGUCCCCCGGCAGCGGCAAGUUCAGCAAGACGGACUUCGGCGGCUACGACAACAAGCUCGUGAUCGAGAUCCACAACUACGCGAACAGCGCCGGCAGCUGCGACAGCCUCAAGAGCUCGCUGUACAACAACGGGUUCCAAGCCCUGCACGCCGAGGACUCCAAGGCCGUCAACGUGUUCCCGGUGCUGCUGACCGAGUUCGGCUUCGACAUGACCGGCACCGCGUACCGCGGCAUCUACUCCACCUGCAUCGCCGAGUACCUCGCCGAGCAGAAGGCCGGCUGGUUCAUCUGGGUCAUCGCCGGGAGCUACUACAUCCGCUCGGGCACCCAGGACUUCGAGGAGAGCUGGGGCUUGCUGACGCAUGACUGGUCGGGCUGGAGGUCCAGCGCGUAUAUUGAGGAGGGGCUGAAGCCGCUGGCUAAGUCGACGGCGCAGGGUUAAGGGGCGAGCUUGUCCCUUUUUGGAUUUCGUUGGCUUGGUUUGGCUUGGUAUCAGGUAUGUAGAUGUUUGAGUUCUUCGGGGGAUGCAAUAAAUAAAUGAAAUAAAUAUGUUGAGUAGGUACCUAAAGACUGCUGCAAACAAUCAUAUGUUGGUGAUUACCUA